GCGGCGGUGCCGGUUGCCCAGGGAGGGAACCCCGGCGUUCAGCCCCGCAUGGGCGCCGCGCCGUCCCCGGGGGCCUGAGGCUGCCCGCCCGCCCCGCACGCGGCUCAUGGCGGCCCGCGCUGCCUCAGCCGCACCUGCGGCCGAGGAGCCGAGCGGCCAGGGCCAGGGUCAGGGCCAGGGCCAGGCCGGUGUCCCCCGCAAGAAGAAGUCCCGGGGUGGCCUGCGCCGCGCUUUCAGCUGGCUUCGCGGCAAGCGGAGAAAGAAGAAGGGGCCGCAGGGUGGGGAGGGCGCUGAGCCGCCCCCCAAGGGCAAGAAGUCCGAGGAAAAGGCCAGGAAGGGCAGAGGCAAGGGCAGAGGUUCAAGCAAAGCGGACAACAAGCAGCCGUCAUCGGAUGACCAUCAGGACAAUGUCUUCUUUCCCAGUAGCCGCCCUCCUCACCUGGAGGAGCUGCACUUUCAGGCUCAAGAAGGACUUCGAUCCCUGCAGCACCAAGAAAAACAGAAACAGAACAAGGACUGCUGGGACCAUGGAGACAGUCAGAGCCUCAAGUCAUCCCAGAUGGGCACCGAGGACGAGGACAGUGUUUCCUUCUGCAGCCAGAGCACCACGUCUACCAUGGAGAGCUCAGCUGCUGAGGAUGCCCUGUCCAUCCGUUCAGAGAUGAUCCAGCGCAAAGGUUCCACCUUCCGACCUCAUGACUCAUUCCCCUCAAAGUCAGGGAAAUCAGGCCGGCGAAGGCGUGAAAGGCGGAGCACAGUGCUGGGGCUCCCACAGCACGUCCAGAAGGAGCUGGGUCUAAGGAAUGGGCAUGACGUGCCUGGCAUGCCGAGGCCUCCUGCCCGCCUCACCAAUGGGCAUGGUGCAGGAGGGGGAGUAGUCCACAUCCCCACGGUGGACGGGCAGCCAGCGGUCCCUGGGAGUAGUGUUCCUGGGGUCCGUGUGUCACUGGUCGCACUGGAAGCAGGGUCUGGGGAUGAAGCUGCUUUACAACGCCACAUUGAUCGUGUCUACCAUGAUGAUAGCCUUGUUGGCCGAAGAACAGGGGCCCGGCUGUCCCCCCUGGUCCGACCCAAGUCACUAGCUGUGCCAGGGAUGACUGGUGGCGCAGGAUCCCCAGAGCCCCUGAGCCCAGCCAUGUCCAUCUCACCCCAGGCCACCUACCUCUCCAAGAUCAUCCCAAAUGCAGUCUUGCCACCAACGGUGGAUGUGGUAGCCCUGAGCCGCUGCAGCCUCCGCACCCUGAGCCGCUGCAGCCUCAUGUCAGCCAGCCCAGCCUCUGUUCGCUCCCUGGGGCGCUUCUCCUCCUCUUCUUCCUGCCGACCCCGAAGCCGCCAUGCUUCCUCUUCCAGUGACAACUGGAGCCACUCACAGUCCACAGAAACAAUUGUGUCAGACGGAUCAACGCUGUCAUCACAAGGGGGCUCGGAAGACCGAGUUGAUGGGCUGCCAGCACGUGAGGAGGGGUGUGCCACCAGUCGAGGCAGCCCCCGAAGUACAGCGGGUAGUGGGGUUUCCACGGCCACGGGCAGUGGGCAGGCUUCACCCAGUGUGGGUAGCAGCAGGGCUGAUGGGUCAGAUACCGCCAGCAUUCAGAGCGGGCACUCAUCUGUCAGGAGCGUGUCUCUGAGGAAGCUUAAACGGGCACCGGCACCCCCUCGCCGGACCUACUCCCUUCACCAGCGGGGCUCAGCUGAUGGGGCUCCUGGGCUGCCCCCCAAGCCAGAACAAAAGCAGCCACAGCUCCCUGCUGCUGGAGAGCCUGAGGAGGUGGCACCUGGAGCCCAGGUCCCAGCUCUGUCUCCCAGCACCUCCCAGCGCCUAGUGGGCUCCCCUGAGCGCACACUUUCACCAUCUAGUGGCUAUUCCAGCCAAAGUGGCACCCCAACAUUGCCUCCUAAGGGGCUGAUGGGGCCCCCUGCCUCCCCAGGCAAGCCGUCACCAAGGCCUCUAAAGCCUGAGCGAGUGUGCUCCCUGAGGUCCCCUGGGGCCUCUGUGUCUUCCUCACUCACCUCCCUCUGUUCUUCUGUUUCAUCCUGUGACCCAGCUCUUAUAGAUAAGGCUGUCCCUGUGCAGUCUCUGGAUGCGACCUUGCCCCCAACCAACCCAGCUGACAGGUUUGUCAUUCCCCCUCACCCUAAAGUCCCAGCCCCUUUCUCUCCACCACCCUCGAAACCCAAGAUCCCAACUCCAACUACACCUGCACCUGCACCUGCACCUACACCUGCACCUGCACCUACACCUGCACCUACACCUGCACCUACACCUGCACCUGCACCUACACCUACACCUGCUCCUACUCCUACUCAUAGCCCCGUUCUUAAUUCUGCUUCUCCUAUCCAGGGGUCAGUGACCCCAGUGAAAUCUACUCGGGAAUCUUCUACACCACCCAAGGAGGGAUCUCCUCCCCCUUCACCUCCCCCAUCUUACCACCCACCCCCACCGCCUAGUAAGAAAGUGGAGGCAGUUGCCCAGGCCGCAGCCUCGGCACCCCUGAAUUCUGAUGUGGAGGCCCCACAGGACCCCAGCUGGCCCCCGCCCCCUCCCCCUGCCCCAGAGGAACAAGACCUGUCUAUGGCUGAUUUCCCUCCACCAGAUGAGGCCUUCUUCUUGCCUGCUAGGCCAGAGUCUCCAGCCCCAACCCCUGCCCCAGCUGAGCCUGUUGCUCCAGUCCAGGACUCUUCUGCUCCUCUGGAGUCUCUUCCUCAGUCUGUGGCCAUGCCUGAGACACAGACCUCGAGCUCCUUCUUGGCCACUGUCUCCUCACGAAGCCAACCUGAGUCCAAGUCCCUGUCUACACCUGGGUCCCCACCUAAUCCCCCACCUUUGCCAGCCUCAGGCCUUCAGCCUAGUUCUGGGAAGCCCCCAGAGCCAUCCAAGGAGCCCUUGGGACGCAGUAAGAGCAUCCCUGUACCCAAGGAAGAUGCCAGUCUCCCUAUUGUCACACCUUCCCUGUUGCAGAUGGUGCGGCUGCGCUCUGUUGCUCCCCCAGCUCUGCCGGCCUCCCAGGUCCCAGCUUCCCCUGCCCCUGCUCCACAGAAACCACUGCGGAAGGCACUAUCCGUGCGGGGUGGCCAGGCACCUGGGCCCUCCUCUGGGCUUCAUGCUGCCAUGCGCCUCAAGGUUUCGAGCUUGGCCUCCACUGAAGGCCCCCUUGGUCCUCGAUCCAAUGGCCCGCCUGAGCCAGAGGCCAUGUCACCACGGCCACAGUCCCCUGCCUCCACCGCCAGCUUCAUCUUCUCCAAGGGUGCCAAGAAGCUGCAGCUGGAACGGCCUGUCUCUCCUGAGGCCCAGGCUGACCUGCAGCGGAACCUGGUGGCAGAACUUCGGACCCUCUCUGGGCAUCGGGGGCCACAGGCCCAGAGAAAACCCAGCAAGUCUGCCCCGCCUGUGGCCCGGAAGCCAUCAGUGGGGGUUCCUCCAUCUGGUUCUCCUGGCAUCAAGCAGGCCGAGAGCCCAUCAGCCUCCCCUGCCAAUGGGCAUUCCCACCUUGAGGACAGGACUAAGCGAGAGCUAGCGGAGAAUGGAGGCACUGUGCAGUUGGCGGGCCUGGAGCCACAGCCUCUGAGUCCUGCUGCCUCAGAAAAGCAGAAUGAGCUGGUCUGACCUGAGGGAGCAGCGCUGGUACUACUGACCCAUCCUAAGAACACAAUCUCUCAGGGACCUGGGCAGGUCGAAGUAUGAGAACAUGGGGAGAACUGGACAGAUACUUAACUUAAUACAAAGGAAGAAUUCAGCCUUAGCCUCCACGGCCUUUGAUAUUUAUGCAAACCUGGUGAGGGCACCUUUCCCCACCAAGUUAGGCAGUUUUCUUUUGCCUUUUUACAGAAAAAUGGACACUCCCAGAGUCACCACGUCUCCAUCUCCGACCUCAUCCUGGCUUAGCCGAGGAAGGACAGAUGAUGGGAAGAGGGAGUGAACUUUGCUGGCCCCAAAGCCCUCGCCCUAAAGAGGCUAGAGCUUGGUCCAGAGCUCCCUGGGCUUUUUGUUUUUGUUCUUUUCUGUCCUUUCCCCUACCCCCUCACCCCCUUCAAUUUCUGGGAUAAUUAGUCCUGUAAUCAAGCACACAACAGUAGUUUUGAAUCAAAGCACUUUUCAAAGACAGCUGCCCGUCCAUCUUCCAGGGCAGGUGGCUGGCCUUCCAUCCUGCCAGUCACCCCCUCACCCGUGGACCUGCCCCCCCGUGGAGUAGGGCUGCCUCCUCUCCACAAGGCUCCUGUUUACAUGGCAGCGGUUCUCACUCUCUGGGUCUUUGGCAUGGGGGUUUGGUGUGCCCUAUUCCUUUGGGUCUUGAGGUUUCAGAAGAACAAGUGGGUAGGGGCAGUGGUCCCUGGCCUUUGGAGGCAAGGACAAAGCACAAAAGGGGAGGGGAGGGAUAAACUCCUGCCCUGUGCCCAUCCUUUUCACGAGCCUCCCAGCUUGGCUGCUCCCAACAGGUGCUUCCAUCAAUAGUGGGGGAUGGUGCCAAUGUGACCCUAGGCCAGGACAAAGGGACUUGUCCCCACUGCCUUCUCAGGGCAUCAGAAAUGGACCAUCGAGAAUGAAUAGAUUGAAUGUUGUGCUUGGUAGCAGCUUUGGCUCUUCCCAGACGCUGCUCUUCUCUCUUGAGGCCAAGAUUCCCAUCUCUCUGAGCUGAUGGGCUUUUCUCUCCUUUUCCGGGGAGGAGGGAAGGUGGUUUCAGCCCAGACACAGGUACUGGUUUUUUUUUUUUUUUUGUCUUCACCUCUUUCAGGUUCGCUCACUCACUAGGUUGAACAGGGUAUAGAGGAGGAGGGAUGCCUUUUGCUGCUUUCCCUCCUCCACCCUUUUGUGGAAUUUUACCCUGUGGAGAUACCUGCACCAGAUGCUCGUUUAGGUGAUGGCAAAGGUUGAUUGAGAGGUCAGUCACACAUGCCGGAGGCAUCCUUGGACUAUUCUAAAAAUCUGAAUACCUCCUGGGCUGUCCCUUGGUCCAACCGGCCUGGGAUUCAUGUCUUUUUGGCAGUCAGAAUAGUGGGAGAACAUGGGAACAAUCUGAUUGCAGCCUCCAAAAGUUAGGGAUGCCCUUCAACAACCUCCGAAUUCUCUUGAAUAACCUGGCCUAGAUCUCACUGACCACAAGUGUGAUCAGAACCCUCUUGAACCUGUUCUCAGGUUAGUAAAUCUUUCAGAGUAACCUGCUAUUAGAUAGAUUUGAAAUCAUUUCAGAAAUGGCUGGGGAUAUAGUGAGGUAGAGGUGAGUAAACUUUGGACAGGGAGUGGGAAGGGCUUUUCUCUACUGGAAGGAUGGUCCCUGUGACUCUGUUUCACAGAGGCCUUGCUACCACCACCAAACAUUAGGUAGUUGUUGGCCAAGUCUUUCCUCCCUCCCACCCCCCCCACACCUUUAACCAGGGCUGUUGUCAUUGGUCCUGGUGGUGUUUGCUGAGCUUGGCUAGGGCUGGGGCCUCUUAAGGGACUGCUGAGGGAGCUUGACCCCAUACCAAUGUCUUUCUCUUCCUGUGGGUCAUCUGACAUAUAAAGCUGUCACAAAGAGUAGAGAGAGAAAUCGAUAACCACUGUAUGUACUGUGCCGAGCUCUGCCCACAUCCUUGAUAGAAUCGGAUGUUAAAAGUGAGCUUGAGGGGCAGGGUCUGAACUGCUGAGGUUUGGGAGGGAGACCUUCCUCCUGCCUGUUUUAAACUCAUGCCACCUGACCCUCCUUGCUCAGUUUCUGUUACUGGAAUCCUGUCCCUGUGAGGGCACCUCUGAGAAUGCCCAGCUCUCACCCACCCUCCCCUGGCUGGACAGAGAGCAUGGCAGUGGGGACCAAGAAGGGGGGGAAGGGAAGGGGCAAGUCCCUGCCUUAUCCCCUUGGGGAACCAAGCUGGACCUAGCACUAACCGAGACCAAAAGCCUCUGAUUUUUAUUGUUCUAUAGAAAUGCUAGAUAUAGAGAAAUAUAUAUUUCUUUAAACAUUGACCUCACUUUGAUUGUUGAAAAAGCCAAAAAAAAAAAAAUCCACAACCCACCCUCAUACCCCAGAAGACCUCAGCCCGCUACCUUGAAAAGUCUAAGUGAGAUACAAUGAAAACUCUGUAUGUUUUGGUUAAAAUAUGUUAAUUAUAUGAUUAAAGCCGAAUUGUUGUU